AAAAAAAAAAAAAAAAAAAAUGAAUAUUGUACGGUUAAUGCAGAACCACGCCAUUCAUCAACAAAUCCUAUCACAUCCGCUCACGGAGGAGGAACAGCUGGAAAUGGAGUUCAUACGAGUAUUUCCUCAAUUCUUAGAAGCGUAUAACAAGAAUCAGGAUCACAAGCAAGAACUGGAAAUGAUUCUCUACCACCAAAUCAUGCCUAUACUAUUGGAUAUGGUACACUUCAGAUUUGACAAGCCUAAAACUAAGCCACAAGCUCUCAGAUAUAUUGAAAUGAGAAACAAGCAUAUCAAGAAGGUCAUAAAGGACAUGGGAGGUACGAUUGAAACAAACAGACUGGUAUUACGCAAGGUAAAAAAAAAUGACCCCUGGACGCAAUAUGUAUCGUUGUUUGAAAAUUAUCAAACAAAUUUAUUUUUUUAUUUAUUUUUUUUUAGUAUAUAUAUAACCCCCCUCUUUCCUCAUUUCUUUUGGAAUCGUCAAAAAUUUUUAUAUUUUUUCAAUAAAAGGUUUUUUUUUUAACCAAAAUCAUAUUGGCCACUCUUUAGGAAUAAAUCAUCCUAAGUUUUAUCGUUAUUUUAUUAUUAUCAAGCAAUCAUCAAGCAUUAUAUUCAAGUUAUUUAUUUGAUCAUCAUCAUCUGUGAUCAAAUCAUCAAGAAAUCUAUUACCUUUUUUUGGAUUACAUUUAUUUUUUUUAUUUUACUUUUGUUCUUUUUAUAUAAAAGAACUGGUGCUCA